AUGGUGGUGCUUAGAGAAUCUGGAGGUUGUCAACCCAUAUAUAAAGAUGCUGAUGAGGUUGUCACAUUUAAGUUUUUCCAUGGAGGUGAACUAGUGAAAAAUAGAAAGGACAGUCAGUGGUCUUAUUUGGGUGGUGAAGUCAGUUGGUUUGAUUACUGUGAGGUUGACUAUAUGUCCAUAUUAGAGCUAUUUGGAAUGGCUAAAGAUUUGGGAUAUGACGAUGGGUAUGAUGUUUUUUAUGGUGAAGAGUUUGGAACUAGUAGACUCAUUCAAAUAAUAUCUGAUAGUACACUUUUAGCUUGUAUGAGCAUGGUACCUAAAAGAAAUAGCAGGGUGGUAGUUUUGUACUUGAAGGUAGUGAGCUUGACUUCAAGCCAAGUGGGGAAUGAUAGUAGUGAUAAAGAAUAUUCUUGUUCUGAGAAUGAUGAUAGCAGUGAUCCUGACUUUGAAGAUAGUGACUAUGCACAGAGUGAUGAAGAGAUUGACUUAUUGAAGAAUGAUGAUAAGUGGUUUGAAGGUUAUGUGGAUCAUAGUAUUUUUGACAAUGAUCCUAAUGCAGAGCAAAAUGAUGAGUCAGACAAUGGAGAAGAGUCACCUACACUUACCUGCCCAAAUAGUUCACAAAGUGAAGAUGAUGCAGUGGGUGAAGUAAGAAGGAAGAAGAAUAGGAUGCCAAAAGGUGAAGAUUUCAGACCUGAAAUUGAUAUGGGAAGCCCAAGUUUCAAAAUAGGUUUAAGGUUUGCAACUGCCGAGUUGUUUAGAAAAGCUGUGAGGAUAUACUUUAUUAAUUGUGGAAGGGAGUUGAUUUUUAUGAAUAAUGACCGUAACAAAAUAAGAGUAGUAUGUGAAGAGGGCUGUCCUUUUGUUAUCCAUGCUUCAAGUGUUAGUGGUAGCACUUACCUGCAGGUGAAAACCUUUAAUCCUACACAUGUUUGUAGCAAGGGGACUAAAAAUAUACAUGCUACUGCUGGCUGGUUGGCUGAAAGAUAUUCUGGGCAGUUAAGGCUCAAUCCAAAUUGGACUGCUUCUUCUUUUGUAGAGCAAGUUCACCAAGACUAUGGUUACAGACCAUCUAGAGCAACUGUGUACAGAGCAAGAGCCAUGGCAGUUGACAUUGUAAAGGGGUCUUACAGUAAACAAUAUGAAGUAUUGUGGGAAUAUUGUCAUGAGUUAAGAACCAGGAAUGUGGGAAGUACAGUUAUCAUUAAAUCUGAAAUGGAAGGUGAUAGGCCACGGUUUCAAAGAAUUUACAUCUGUCUUGCAGCCUGCAAGAAGGGGGUUUUAGAUGGUUGUAGGCCUGUGGUUUGCUUGGAUGGGUGUCAUGUCAAAGGGCCUCACCCUGGGCAAGUGCUUUCUGCAAUGGGAGUUGAUGCAAACAACGGAAUGUUUCCACUUGCCUAUGCAUAUGUAGAGAUUGAGGCAAUUCAACAUGGCUGUGGUUUUUAG